GAGAUGUCUUCUGGCGGCGGCGGCGGCGGCGGCAGCGGAAGCGGAGGAGGAGGUUACAGAAAGGAGAAGAGAAGAACAAGUUCACAUCGUCGUCGUCAACAAUAUAAAAAAACUACUGAUGAUGAAAACAACAACAACUGUUCAUCAUCAUUUACAGAAGAAGAAAAAAUGGAGGAGGCUCCUCCAAUUCAUACAAAUUCCCGCUGGGUUCCGGCAGUUGAAUCGGAUUCCAGACCUCCUGCUGAUCUAAAUGGAAAGGAGGAGGAUGACGAUUCUGCAGCAGCAUUAAAUAUUUGUUCAAAGGGGAAAGAAAAAGUUGAAAUUAAAUUGAAUUCAAGUAAUGAAGUUGAGGAGGAUGAUAUUGUUCAAAGAUUACUACAGGACCUCAGACUUAGUGUUCAAGAGGCCGACGACUUGUCCGAUGAAUUGCUGAGCAUCAAUCAACAGCUGCAGGAUGAUGAGCUGCUAGCUAUGGAAUCUAUUUAUGGAGAUAACAUUUUGAUUCUAGACAACCAAAGUGGCUUAAAGUGUUUUCAGGCUCAUAUUAACAUUGAAGUGCCCAAAGGAGUUUGCAUCACUGCAAAUUUCGGGUCCGAUAAAAGAGAUGACAUUUCUUCAGAUUUUUCAUACUCUUUCCAAGUGGAAUAUCUCCCACCAAUUAUAUUGACAUGUUUAUUACCAAAAUCAUACCCAAGCAAUAGCGCUCCUUACUUUACGAUAUCUGUUCAGUGGAUGGGAUCUUCUAGAAUUUCUGAACUGUGCUUAAAGCUUGACGAAAUAUGGUUACAAAAUGCUGGGCAUGAGGUUAUAUACGAAUGGGUGGAAUGGUUACACAGUUGUACACUCUCUCAUUUUGGUUUCGAUGCUGAGAUACUUCUUGGACCCUAUGGCUUAAGACAAGAUAAUAAAGAUAUGAGGGCGAUUUCGUCAAGUGUCUCCCUUGAUAUUGAUAUUCCUUCAUUAAAGAGUUACAAUGAGGAACAGAAGCACCACAAUUUCUGCAGGAACAUGCAACAAUGCCGCAUCUGUUUCAGCGAGUUUCCUGGUUCGGAUUUCAUAAAACUGGCGUGUGAGCACUUCUUCUGCGAGAAAUGCUUGAAAACAUUUUCAGAAAUACAUAUAACCGAAGGAACAGUGAUGAAACUGGAAUGCCCAGAAGCAAAAUGCGAGGGAAUGAUUCCACCGGGUUUACUUAAAAGAUUAUUAGGAGAAGAAGAGUUUGAAAAGUGGGAGUCUUUGAUGUUGGUCAAAACACUUGAAUCAAUGAGUGACGUCGUUUACUGCCCGAGAUGUGAGACAGCUUGUAUACAAGAUGAAACGGACCACGCUCAAUGCUCAAACUGCUACUACAGCUUCUGUACCCUCUGUUGGGAUCGACGUCAUCUUGGAACAACAUGCACUUCUCCAGAGAUGAAACUUGUUCUUCUGCAGAAGCGACAGGCAUCAACUUUAAUGAAGGGAGAACAAAGACGGCGCGAGCAAGAUAUGAUAAAUCAGAUUUUGAGUGUAAAGGAGAUAAAUCGAUUUGCAAAACAAUGCCCUCGUUGUAAGAUGGCUAUAUCAAGAACAGAAGGUUGCAAUAAGAUGGUGUGUGAGAAUUGUGGGCAAUAUUUCUGCUAUGUGUGUAAUGAAGAAAUAUCUGGAUACGAGCACUUUAGGGAUAGUAAGUGCAAACUAUUCCCGACAGAGGAAAUUCAGAGGUGGGAAGAUAGGAUGAACAACGGUCUCCAAGUUGUUGGUCAGAUCCAAGAACAAUUGAUUACUGGUAAUGCUCAUCCAUGCCCUAAUUGUCGUCAGCAAAAUGUCAAGGUUGGGAAUAACAACCACAUUUUGUGUUGGGCAUGCCAAAAUCAUUAUUGCUACUUGUGUAACAAGACGGUCAGGCGAAGCACGCAGCAUUAUGGUCCAAAGGGUUGCAAGCAGCACACACAAGGAUGAUAUUUUUACAUAUACAUAUAUACAUACAUACAGACAUACAUAUCUCCGGACAUGUAAAUUUGACACAUUGUCGCCUACACAUAAUAUAACAAUUCUUAUAAUAAAUGAUGCGCUGUCAUUUGAAUGAUAUUCGAGAGCAAUAAGGUUAAUUGUUGUUUUGGAAGCAUCUCGAUUUUUACUUGAUGAAAAUUCAUCAACAAGUUUUGGGCU